AUUCAGAUUACAUCUUUAACACUGCAACAAAUGAAUGUGCUUUGUUUGUUUAUUUUCAGAAAUGUUCAGUGUUUUUCUUCAGGGUCUUUAGGAGACAUCCUGAAGCAAAGAAAUCAACAUUUUCUUCAAGAUUAAGAGACUCAAAAGGAGCUGCAGAUGGAUUUGAAGGGUGUCACUGUAUCUGCGGCCCCAGGGGGGGCGGCCCUGACCACUGGAGGGGGUGCCCUGUUACACUUGGCCCUUUGAGUCAGGGGGAGCCGGGACAAUGCUGCUGUUAACACUCCUGACGGGGACCUUUGGGUUCUCUGAAAGUUUAAUGUGACUCUGCGAGCGACCUGCGCUCGCUGAGGUCAGAGAUGAGCGCGGCCCGGCGUCGCUCCAAGGUUUGCCCUGUGUUGUCGGUGCAUUGGAAACUAAACGCCAGCGGCGGGGGGGCCUACCGGGUCCCGGGCUUGUUUUGUCCCCUGUGGCAUGGAUAAUGAGGCAUCUGUCUCCACCUGCCGCAUGGAGAGAUGAGGCUCACUGUCCCACUUAAAAAGAGCACAGGUUACCUAUCUGAUUUGUCCACGGCAGGCCAGGGACAUGAUCUGAAGCAGAGGAGCCUUCGGUCUAAAUGUUUUAUACCGCGGCUUUCUUAUUUCUGUGUGUGCUGCACCACACGAAGCUCCUUAUCAGAACACUUUGUCCUGUUCGGUGCAUCUUGGAAAUGAAGAUCCGAAUCAGACAAACAUGAGCCACCAAAAUGACUCUUCCCCAAGAAAGUGGGACUUCUUGCAUUGAUAGCACAGAACUAAUAUUCUUUUAAUCUAAAAUUGUGCUGAUUCUUCCUCAGAAAUAAUACCGUGCAGCUCAACAUUGCCACUAACCCCCUCCCCCCAUCCCGCCAUCGUCCUCCUCCUCUCAGGCGGACCUCGUGGAGCUCGUGGAGUUGGCCACAGGAACGAAAGGCUUUACAGAGAACGGUCCCAGGAAGAGAAAAUAUCCAGUGAACCUCGAUGCCAGAGGUCAGAGGAGAAUGACCAGACUGGUUCGAGAUGAUAGAAAGUUAACCAAACUCUGCAGAAGAGCAUCUCUGAGCGCACAACAUGUCCAACCUUGGAGCAGAUGGACUACAGCAGCAGAAGACUACAUCGCCACUUUAUUAGAUGGCGGGUCGGUGGUAAUCCCAGCUGCCCAUUGGCCUGACCCCGUGCACUCCACCCAACACGCGACUCCCCCUCAGUCCACCCUCCACCCUCCACCCUGCACCCUCCACCCGAAAUCUUAACGAACCCGCUGAGCCGCACGGCCAAAGAGCUGCUUUACAGUUAAUCUAAUCUGAAGUCAUCUGAGCUAAUCCAGCAGCAGCGGCAGCGGCGGUGGUGGUGGUGGUGGUCGAGGUGAGUCAGGCCUUUGACUGACAGCCAUCUGCCACACAUGUGUCCAAUUAGUCUGUUUCACUAAAAAAUGAAAUUUAGAGAGACAGAGAUGGACACAUUCAGGAGGAAACAUGAUGUGUGAGCUGUACCAAGUGGGAAAUAAUUGCCCGUUAGCAGAGAUGGGGGACGACCUGCAACAAGGACCCUGUCCGGACUCAAAUCUGUGACGCAGAGAUACCGAAGAGGAGCACUGAGUGAUGGAUGCCCUGGAGGAGCAGCAUGGGAACCGUCUAAAGUUACACCACCGAGCGCAGGAGAGUUUUAGCACUCAUCCUUCUGUUUUUCUGCUUUUUUUAUGUUUGCACACAACUCUGAGCUGCACCAAUGUUCCAGCAAUGUGACUGAUUGAUCCAGUAGAUGAACAGUAAAGAUUAAGAGGAUGACAAAUAAGCAUGCUGCUUACACAGCGCGUGGGGCUAAUCCCCCCCACCACCCCCACCCUCUGACACCCUCCACCCCCAGGAGUCCCUUUUGAGGAGCUGCCACUGAGGAAGCACCCACAGACAGUGACACGGACCCCAGAGCGAGGACCUGUUGACGUGCAACAAGUGUGAAGCUGCAGCUCAUGGCAGGACCCCGGCCCAUCUGCAACCACACACAGUAGAGGCUCAGCAGCCAUCUGGAGGCCCCACUUAUCUCAUAUUUAGCUGUUUUUGUUGCAGCAAACCUAAAGGGAACUUGAACUUUUGGACGCUAAGAGGAUUUUGCAGCAGUUUUUUGUUAUCUGCAUUAUCAUCACUUCAAGAGGCGUUUUUUUAAUAAAGAAAUGAUGGAGGAUCACCUGCUGAAGAUCCCCAUGAUGUCCUCAUCGUCCCCCAGCGAGUCUUCAGGCAGCGGCGGGACGGACGACAGCAGAGGAGCCAAGAGUCCGUCCCCGGGUAAAGCCCUGAGCCCAGCUCUGGUCUGCAAAGUGUGCGGGGACACCAGCAGCGGGAAACACUACGGCAUCUACGCCUGCAACGGCUGCAGCGGCUUCUUCAAACGCAGCGUGAGGAGGAGGCUCAUUUACAGGUGUCAAGCAGGUACCGGCAUGUGUCCCGUGGACAAAGCUCAUCGCAACCAGUGUCAGGCGUGUCGGCUGAAGAAGUGUCUGCAGGCGGGAAUGAACAAAGACGCAGUUCAGAACGAGCGGCAGCCGCGCAGCACGGCUCAGGUCCGCCUCGACUCCAUCGACGUGGACCCCGACAAGGAGCACCUGGCCACCACACGGGAGCCCACCUGCUCCUCAUCAUCCUCCUCGUCCUCCUCUUCCUCGUCCUCCUCCGUCAUCACUUGGCCCCACAUCACCUCCUCCAUGACCAUCACCUCCUCGGUGGCCCCCCAGCGCUGCAUCAGUCCCCAGAAUAACCACCGCUUCAUGGCCAGCCUCAUGACGGCCGAGACCUGCGCCAAGCUGGAGCCUGAGGACGUUGACGAGAACAUUGACGUAACGAGUAACGAGCCGGAACGAGCGUCCUCGGAGUACCACAUGGCGCUUUACCCAUCUAGCUCUGAAAACGUGUACGAGACGUCGGCGCGGCUGCUCUUCAUGUCGGUGAAAUGGGCGAAGAACCUGCCGGUGUUCUCCAACCUGCCCUUCAGAGACCAGGUGAUCCUGCUGGAGGAGGCGUGGAGCGAGCUCUUCCUGCUCUGUGCCAUCCAGUGGUCUCUCCCUCUGGACAGCUGCCCGCUGCUCUCUCUGCCCGACCUCUGCCCCGGCAUGCAGGGCAAGACCAGCUACACCAGCCUGGACCUGCGCCUCCUGCAGGAGGUCUUCAGCCGCUUCAAGGCGCUCGCCGUCGACCCCACAGAGUUCGCCUGCCUCAAGGCCAUCGUGCUCUUCAAGCCAGAGACUCGAGGUCUGAAAGAUCCAGAACAGGUGGAGAAUCUGCAGGAUCAGUCUCAGGUGAUGCUGGGACAACACAUCCGCUCACACUACCCGAGUCAACCAGCCAGGUUUGGAAAGCUGCUUCUUCUUCUCCCCUCGCUGCGUUUUGUGAACUCGGAGCGGAUAGAGCUGCUGUUCUUCCACAGGACCAUCGGAAACACUCCCAUGGAGAAACUGUUGUGUGACAUGUUCAAAAACUAAAAAAAAAAAACACAAACCCCCCAUGCAGUCAUCAGUAACCUCCAGCUGUGGAGGGACGAUAUCCGACAGAUAUUCGCUUUGUAUUCCUGUACACAUAUCAGAGAUUCUGCGUGCUGUUAUUUUUUUAAAGGCCACUUUAUUAUUCUUUAUUGUUGGUUGUUUCCACAUUCAGGUCAGUCUGAACAUGAUUUUCAGAUCUUAUCAUCAUGCUUGCUGUCUAUUUGUAUCAUACUUAGAUUCGUGUCUGAAGUGACGAACGAUCACAUUUCAUCCUCUAGUGUUUCAUUAUGUUUUUUUGUGACAUUUACAAUGCAGAUGUUUAUUUGUUUGGUGAUAGAUGGAUUGUUUAUCCCUGCUGUCAUUAUUAUGACUGUUUUAUUCUUGUUGUCAUGCCUUGAUGAAGUAAAAAAUGCUUUAAAAUGC